CACGACUGUAACUGGCGCAUUUCACGCAUCCGGGCUUGGCUUAGGGUGAAAAGGUGUGAUUCUACUCACGACCGCCGAAGGUCUCUGAGAUCUUCACAACGUCCAUCGUGCGGAUCGAAGCUCGGUCAUCUCCUCAACUUGGAACAGCGCCCGCGCCACCUGACCCGACAACAAGAUUCACAACUCGACCACGCCCAAGCGUACACCUUCUCUGCUGCUUCUGUCGAAGUUGGUCGGCUCAUCAACAAUGAGCCGCACUCCUCUCGCACCUGUCCAAAGGGCGAACAACAACAACAUCGACGACACGGCAGGGAGCUACAAUCUUGCCCAUCCGCUGGAAAGCGAUCCGCCCAUCGUCAGCUCUCUCUCAGGCCUCAAGGCUCGUCUCUCGCACAUUCGUCGAUCCACUAGCCACCAGUCGGAGAACGAGCUCCCUCGAGACUCUGGGAGCGAAGCAGCGUACACGAAGGAGAACAAUUCCAACAGUCACCUCUCCCUCAAGACUCCUUCAUCAUCACGGGAUCGUAACCUGAAUUCCGUCGCACCCACCCGACCCGCUCUUUCCAACGCUACUCUGCCACCUUCACCACCCGCUUCCAAUAGAGAGGCCGGCAGCACAGAGCCCAUGUCGCACCCCACUUCUCGCGAUGCAGAACCAAGAAUGGUCAUCAGCAGGCCAUCACCACAACCCCAUCCAAGCCCUCUCAGCUCUCCACGCAAGGUGGGCGCCAAGUCUCGCAGACCCCAUCUCAGCGUCGGUGCAGAGUCUCCAAACCCUCGAGCUCGCAAGAAUGUUCGCUCCGAGGACGAAGACGAUCCUCAGGGAGACUUGCCUGCAAGUCAGAGGUCCGACAUAAGCACGGAUACACGAAGCAAAAGGUCUCAUGGUGGCCGAGCAUCCCGCGGAUCUUCAGCUGGACUCGGGGCUAGCGAGCAGUCUUUCAUCCGCGAGGCUCGCAAGCGCGCCUGGGAUCAAGUACAUACCAGUCCUCCCACGAUUCGUUACCUCGAGCCAAAUCCUCUCCCGCCCACACGCUACAAUCCUCUGGCGCACCGCCAGCGCUCAGCAGGGAGGGCAUCGGCCUCUUUGGACAAUCCAGACAACUCACAGGGUUCGAUGGGCUCUCGCAGUCGUGCAAGCUCCCGGACCCAGGAGCUUCGCUCCGAAGGCGCAGCAGUCAAGCGCUCGGGAUCUAGGGCCUCGGUCUCAACUCCACCUCCAGCAUUCAGAGAUCGCAUCAGUGCCGAUCCACAACGCCCACCUUCACCGACUGAUGACCCCCUCCUUCUCAGGGGCAGGUCGGGCGUGCCACGUGCACGCUUGCCGCGAGCGGUCCAGAUCAAGGAGGACCCUGAUGCUCAAUACGACUGGUCCGUAGGCGAUGCUUCCGUGGAGAUGGUGCCAUCGCACCCGUAUCACAGCGGUGGUCCUUCCCAAAGCCGCUCUUACGCUGCAGACGCUCCUCCUCCCCAGGUCGUCUCGGACACCGAAGGGGCCUACCUUGAUCAUGACGGCGGGGUGGACUUCUUUGGCGUGGACGGUCCAGCCGGCGAUUCGCCUUCGCCUUCGCCUUCUCGUUCUCCUUCCCCUGCGCCACCGGAAGCUUUUGCAGAUGACAGUAUAGCCAACGCAAGCUUGGAGGGGAAUGAUGAAGAGCAAGACGAAGCGAUUGAAAAGCACAACGGCAGGCAGGACGAAGACAUGAGUGCGAGUCUUUUGGAUAGCACUUCUCGCUACAAUGAAGAAGAGGACUCAAAAGCGUCUACAGAUCGCGAAGCAAACGACGAUGCGCCCCACGCACACAUCCAAGAGUCGGAUCUCACCGACAGCUUGCGAGACGCCAGUGGGGAAAACGCCUCAGAGGAAGUUUCCGCCCAGUUGUUCGGUGCUGCCAGCGCUUCUUACGAUUCUGAAGAGGAGGAUGAUGAGGCUUCAGUCCGGGAGGACGAAGUGGCACUGAUCAGCCUGAGCUCUAGCUCUGGUACGGAUGACGCGGGCAACAAUUCUCAACUGACUGCCGCAACCUCGAGAUCAAGCAAUGGAGCGGUCGAAAGCACGCGAGAAGACAGCUUCGACAAUGCAGCCAAGAGCUUCGCCUCUCAGCUUGACGAAGCUGAGCGAGGUGAAGAAGAAGCGCACGUGGAGGAAGAGGUCCUGGAAGAUCUCAGCGUCUCGAACGAGAUGGAGCACAGCGCGAGCGCUGAGACUGAUGCAGGCGCGGACCCAAGCACCUCAAGAGACGUACAAGAGGACGAAGCUGCCGUCGAGGAUUCUCUUAGUCUCUCAGAGACCUCCGAAAGACACAGGUCCUUAUCUCCUGAAGAGGCAGAAGGGCCAGAAGAGCUACAGACAUCCGAGGAGAUCCCUGAUGGUCAGCUCUCGGCCUCCGGUGACAUCGUCGAGGAGCCACAAGAGCCAGACUAUGAUGGGGAUGCGGCUGCAGCUUACGCAUCGCAGCAAGCGUCUUCCGCGGAGCCUUCCAUCAAUGAGGCUGAACGAGGAGCCGCCGACGCUUUGAGCUUGCCCCGCCAGCACUCCGAGCAUAUCGAGGACGCUUCGUCGGUCGCGAACGAGGUGCGAGUGCCAGAGCAUUCUAUGGAAUCGGUCGAUUUCAGCUUGGCGGAGACUGAGGAAGAAGAUGGUGAUGAGCAGGAUGUAGAAGACUCAAUGCACGUUGAGACCCUAUUACAGUCCGCCCGCAAGAUCAGGCAGAUCAGCGGCGAGUCAGACGCUCUCUCCAGUACCCCACUUUCUCUUCCUGCUCGCAGCCUGCUGCCUCUCGCAGAGGCGACUAGAGCUUCGCCUUCGCCUCUUCUGCGUGAGGCUAUCCUGCACAGCUCCCGCGUUGACGCCACGGAAAGAGAGCUGUCGACCGCCGAGCAGAGCAUCGCAGACAUGACUGCUUCUUUCAGCUCUCAGCAGAACGCAGAGGCUCGGGCGCGUCUGCACUUGCAACACUCUGACAGGCCGAUCGUGGAGGUCAGCAGCACCGAUGGUCGGGUCGCGGACAGAGCUAUGGCUAUUCUCAACCACUUUGGCGGCUGGAUAGAACGUGGCGGGAUGCUGUACGAAGGUCAAGCGGAAAGUGGUCAACUCGCACACGCGGGUCCCAUCCUGCCAAGUGACUUGGCCGGUAUCCAGCAAGUGCUCCAACAAAUGGACGCAAGCACCCAAGCCAGUCGACCCACCAAUUUCGGCGUCACAGUCUCCCGUCCGGCCCCUCAAGACUCGAUCAUGAGCUCUCUACAAACGCCCAUCAGGGCUAGCCCGCCUAUUCAGCUGACGCUGUCUACCGCAAAAACGCCUCGCCCACCAGGUGCUUUCGUAGGCUGGACGCCAGUCACAGACAAGCGAGUGGAGCCGAAUCGCAUGGACAAGCUGGUCGAGAGUGCACUAAGCGAUUGCAGGUCUCUGAGGACCGACAUCAAGGGCAGUGCAGGUUGUGUAAGAGAUCAGGACGGCAACCUGACCGAUGACACGAUGCGAUCGCUGAUGCGCGUGUUCGAUCGUGCUUUGGAACUGGACUACAAGAGCCUGUCCAGAGAUGAGCAUCUCUCAAAGGCAAUGAGACGCAAAAUUGCUGCGUACGACGUUCGAGCCGAGGAAGUCGUUAACGCCUUUGUGUGCGCGCAUGAGAUUGGCGCGCGAUACGGCGGUGGAGAGACCCCGAACAAGGAGAGGCGGAUCACGAAUCAAUUAAUCAACUCGGUACCGAGCCUUCGACGUCGCUAUCUCUUGCGUCUCGAGAAAGCCUGCCCAGGAACGCUCACAGCAAAGGAACAGGCAGAGCUGGACGCCAUGGUCGAUGCAGCUGAGGAGCUGAGAAGGCUACAAAGAGAGGAGAGCGUCUCCACUCAAGCGUCCGUGUCGAGGAAGAGGGACCGCGAGCCUGUACCGAGCGUGCGGGCUGCGGCUCCCUCCGAUGCCGCGCAAAGUCUUUAUCCUGCCUUGCUACCAUCUCCAGCGCAAAUCCACGACGCGAAUGCAACGCCGAAUUCCAGUAUCCGGGGGCGCAUGUCAGGCUUGAUGAGUACGCUCACGGACAGAUUCCUGCGGUCCGCGCCAGAAGCUGCGCGAGUUGAAGCAGCUCCUGCGAUGCGAAAGAUGGCGCCUGUAGUCCUCAGCUUGCCUGUGCGCAACGAAGAAGUUGAAAAGUUGGCCUCGACGGCAACCUUGGCACCAAAGACGCACGUAGCGUCUCCUCGUAAAGCGCGACAAGAGCCAGCUCAGUCCGCCCAGUCCGCCCCGUCUGUUCCUCCCCGCGCCCCCGCACCUAUAGAUUCAGCACCUCCUCCCCCACCGCCGCCACCCGCACCAACUGCUGCGAAGCUACAAGAAGCCAUUCGCCAGACCAGUAGGCGCGAGAAGAUCACUCCGCCAUCCCCGAAGAAGCCGUCUGACUCACCACGACGCCGUCACAGGGCCAGUAUGGAUCUCAACGAGAUUAGAGAGCGAGCCGAAGCAAGACAUCGGCGAGUCAGCAGUGGAAAGACAUCGACGUCGGGCUCUGACAAGCUCGCGCUCCGUCCUUCAGUCUCCACGGAGCAACCGGCACAUUUGCCGCGUUCUCUCAGGUCAGCAGAGGAGACGCAGUCUGCUCGAGCGAGAUCUAGCCUAAACGAUAGCCAGCUCAACAAGGCGCGGGCUCGACUGAGUGCUCAAGGCACGUCUCACCCCAAUCGAACCCCCGUCAUGAACACGGCGCCAAUCGAACGAGCAACAGUCAGCGCUGCGCGAGCGCGACUCUCUGUGGGCAGCGAAAGUUCCACAUCCCUCUACCCUGAUUUGAGCAGAUCGAUCGGGCCAGGCUCCCGCGCUCUUGGUCACACGAGCACAUCCGUAAAGGGCGGAGGCUUGGGCAACUCCUCUUUUGUCCAGCUCACACCUUUGGCUUGUCUCAGCCCGGACUCCCACCUUCGCGCUGCAGAGGCAGUCGCGAACUUGGCGGAGCUCAGGAGGCACACUGCCUGGGUCAGUCCUCGCAGACGUCGGCAAAGCGCGGCCGCACCAGUUCGUUUCGCCGAUAUGUCCGUCUCCAUGUCUGCGGACGGAGCGCAGACGCGUUCUCCCUCAAGACGCAGCCCUCGCCGAGAUCACUCCUCAUCAGAAAUCUUGCCUUCUCGCAAGUAGAGCGCUACUGCUAUCCACUUUGCGCUGUCAGCGUCUCAACGAGAACUCGAGCAGUGCGCAGCGGUGUCCCUUUUAUCGCUCUAUCUCGUGUCUGUGAAUAUAUUCCAGAGGUCUCAAACACGCGCUCUAUCUGUCAUACUAUCGUUGCUACAUGUAUUACCUUCUCCGAUCGAUCUUAGUUCUUGGUCGAACACCCCGCUUCGACUACCGAAAGCUCUGAAAAUU